UUAGUGUCACACUAUUAAAGAUGGAUAUCUAGGAAUCGUGUCUGCCAUGCGACCCAGUGGUAGGCUAUACAUCAUCAGUAUCAAUUCCCACACUGUCACUUGAGGCGUGUGAGUUGUGCGUCUAAGGACUCGUCUGUGGGUUGCCAUGGAGUGGUUUACUUUAAUUUUGUGUGUAAUUAUUUUAUUAAUUUCUAUUAAUCUUUUCUUUGGUAAAAGUCAUCCAAACGCUCCUCCAUGCAUAAAAGGAUGGAUACCUUGGUUCGGUGCUGCCUUUGAAUUUGGAAAGGCACCUUUGUAUUUUAUACAGCAAGCCAGAGACACAUAUGGACCAGUUUUCACUAUUGUAGCAGCUGGAAAGAGAAUGACAUUUGUGACCCUACACGAAGACUUCCGAGUUUUUUUUACAUCCAAAGAUGUUGAUUUUGAACAAGCAGUACAAGAACCCGUUUAUAACAUAGCUUCUGUCAGCAAGGAGAGUUUUUAUGAGUGCCAUCCAGCCUGUUUGGCCAUAGUCAAGGGCAGACUGACACCUGGCAACACAGCGAUGCUCUCUGGACCCCUUUGUGAGGAAUUUAAUGACCAUUUGGAGACCAUAGGAAUUGAAGGAUCUGGACAACUAAAUGAGCUUAUCAAGAGUGUUAUGUAUCCAGCAGUAAUAAGCAAUUUACUGGGCCGGUGUAACUCCCCUAGCACCCCCCUCACCAAGCAGGAGUUCCUGGAUAAGUUCACAACUUAUGAUGAUGGAUUCGAGUAUGGAUCUCAACUUCCAGACAUAUUCCUCAAGGAAUGGGCAAGCUCAAAGCAGUGGCUUAUUUCUCUCCUGAAAAAUAUGGUUAUAAAAGCAGAGGAGACCCUCUCAAGUGAGAAUGGUCACAAGACAGUACUACAGUGCCUCGCUACAUCAAUAUCAGACAAAUAUCUGCCCAAUUACGGUUUGUUAAUGCUUUGGGCGUCCCUCGCAAAUGCUAUACCAGUAACAUUUUGGGCCAUUGCUUUUAUUUUGUCCAAGCCUGAAGUAUAUAAAAUUGCAAUGGAACAGAUCAAAGAUGCUUUCAAAGACCAAGACAAGAAGAAGACAAAGGUGACUCUAGAUGACUUACAGAAGAUGCCGUAUGUGAAGUGGUGUAUCAUGGAAGCCAUUCGGCUGAGGGCCCCUGGAGCCAUUGCUCGUAAAGUAGUGCGGCCCCUCAAAUUACAGAAUUACAUCAUCCCACCUGGAGACAUGCUAAUGUUGUCUCCUUAUUGGGCUCAUCGUAACCCCAAAUAUUUCCCAGAUCCUGAAGAUUUCAAACCUGAACGAUGGGAAAAGGCAGAUUUAGAAAAGAAUGUGCUCUUGGAGGGAUUCGUGGCAUUUGGAGGGGGGAAAAAUCAGUGUCCAGGAAGGUGGUAUGCUGUUAUGGAGCUGCAUAUGUUUGUGGCCAUGAUUCUCCAGAAGUUUGAAUUUACUCUGUUGGAUCCGGUGCCUAAACCGAGCCCUCUGCAUCUGUUGGGAACCCAGCAGCCCGAAGGAUCCUUCGCUGUGAAAUACAAGCACAGAUAGAGUGCUUAGUGCUUUGUUUAAAGUCGUUGUAUCCUGGGAUGAUCUUCAGACGUUUGAAGAAUCAGCAUUAACAUGAUUUAAUAACUUAGACACGGGCCAACACUGUAUUUUUGUAAAGGAAACCAGGAAGUUAUGAAUCCUAAAGGUAUUUUUAGCUCUUACAGUAUAUAUUUUGGAGAUUUGUUGUGUCAACCUCUUUUAUAAGUAAUGGCAUAAUAGAGGUGAUAGAUUUCAGAAAGCAUGUUGUGGAAAUUCCUCUCUCAGACCGAGAGCUUUUAUCAUAUUCAGGAAGUAUGUAAUAAAGUAAAUUAAGGUUCAUGGGUAUGUGACUCCUAAACAUCUUGUAUGUGAAAUAGACAAAGUAAGCCAAAGUUUAUAGACAAUGUAUCUAAGUGGUGGUUCUCCUUUGUGAAGCAAAACUAUGUAAACACAUUAUUACAUCUAUAAACAUCGCUUUAGCAGUGCUUCUUUUUUCUGCAGUGGUAAAAAGGAUUGUUUUUAUAAACACAUCUGUCUUUUAGUCUGUAUGGGCUUUACUGCAUCUGUGUACACUCAUUUUUGCUAACACAUUAUAAGGAAUGAUUUACAAUGAGCAAUUUUUAUAUGUUUGAAGUGUCCUUAAUUUGUAAGGAAAAUAAAAUGUUUACAUUAAUAAAAUGUAAAAUCAAGUGACAUUGCUGGUGUCUUACAUUUUGGAACAAUAAACCCUUGUGGUGUUUUGCUGUG